GAGCGAUGUGCCGCAGCUCUUGUCGUUGGAGCCGAGCCUCGGCCGGGCGCUCCCUACCGCGAGUCCGGAGAUCCGAAAUCACGUGAUCUACGUGGACAUCAUGCGCCGGGCGCUGUCCAUUGAGUCCGAGGGGGACCCCAUCCAGACCACGUCUUUACGGGCGGAGGUCGUGGGAGAGAUACAGAAGCGGAACGCAAGGCAAAGGAGUUCAUCAAACCUCGUGCAAACCACCGGAGUGAACUUGCAGCAAGCCGGCGACACCUACCCGACCACCAUUCGUUUGACUGCCUCAACUCGGGUAGAGGAGGAGAAGUACGAGGUGCAGAUCUUCCAGGUGACCUCUUUGGUGAGGUCCGUGAUGCUGAAGGGGAACACGGAGUCCGGCCGUCCCUUCGACCGCUGCGUGGGAGGGAACCACCUGAUCCACGGCAACAUCGCUUUGCCGCCGGACCUCAAGAGCUUGCAGCUCGAGGUGGCGACCCUGAAUAUCCCCUAUGAGAUGCCAAGAGAAGCUUCGCUGCCGGACCGCUUCAGCACAGUCUUUCUGCCCAAGAAUGUGACUGGAGACUGCGAGCGCUACUGCUUCCAGCACAAGAAAUGCUACGAGUCGAAGGUCCGGAGCUCCGCGGGAUGCUUUUUCAUCUUCGGCCCGGGCAAGGCCAGAUGCCGGGAGAUCCACAAGUCCCAGCGCCAGCAGGGCGCCGCCUAUCAGGUUCUCAACAAGCUGCACCUUGGGGCUGAGCUUUGCCUCUCCUCGGGCAAGCAAGCCAGGAACUUGCAAGGCUGCCUAAAGCUGGAUGAGGGCAAGGGAGUCUUGGUGUCCCAAGUGCUGGAUGUCAAGAACUUCUCCAUCAGCCAGGUGGCUUUGAAGACUCACAUCGACUCGAGUGGCUCAGUCUUCGACUUGGAACGCAGCUCCAUGCACUUGUACAACGGCACCCCGCCGGUGAAGACCAUUCUGGUGAGAGCACAGGACACUGACAUGGAUGUGGCCACAGAAGUGGUCGUCCUAGACGAGGGCUUCAACUUCGAGGUAAAGCUCUUGUACAACCCAACAUCUACAAAUUAUCCCUGGAACCGGAGCAGGUUCCAUUUAUCGUUGUCGGCCAUUGUGGAGGAUCCAGCGUUCGUCUUUGAGUGGGAGGAUUCAAAUGAUCUUCUUCCGGCGCUGGCCGGCAAAGAAUCCAAAAGAUAUCCUCAGUGUGACGACGAGUUCGAGCUCAACAGCUACCAGUCCUGCGGCGGAUUCUUCGCAUCUCCCGAGGUGAGGUACAGGGUGGACGCCUGGGCUCCUAAGGCGCUCCUCCGAGGAAAGAUACGCUACAAGAUGGGCAAGAAGCAAGGCACGGCUGGCUGA